AUGCCUGUGCCUACAUUGGAGAUUGUCAGGGGAACGAGAAGGGAGGUGGGACCUUCUAAUGCUUCUGCUUCUGCUGCUGCUGCUGCUGAUGAUGAUGAAGAUGAUGCGGGUGCUCCUACUGAUUCGGUUGUGAACAAGGCCGAUGUUGGGCUCCUCUACCGAAACCCAGAGGAGGCUCUGAAUAAUGUCGACCUGAACGACGCCGACGAUGUCACGCUGCGGGAGUUCAAGGCGAAGAUGGAGGAGAAGUUUGUGGAGAACGCUGUGCGGCCGGGCGACCCCGGCUAUGUUUACGACAAGCGGCUCGAGGUGAAACCGACGGAACGUAGCGAGUGGGACGAUUCUGACUGA